AUUUAUUUAUAUACACUCAAAAUUAAAAGGUAUAAAUGCCAAGCUAAAACAAACUUAAAUGACACAUCUAUAUAUUAUUUCAAUAAAAAAUCAGUUGUAACUAUACAAGUAGUAGAGUGUCCCCUCCACUCUUUUUUCCCCCAAAUUCCCUUUCAUACUUUAAAACUCCCACAUGAGAAAGCUAGAGAAUGUUUUUUUAAAAUUUUUAUUUUUGUGGUAUUUGCACCAAUUUACACAUAUUUUGAUUAAUUUUAUAGAAUACUUGUCAUCACUUACUAGCAACAUAAAUGGAAUUACUUAUUAUUUUUUUUGUUUCUAUUAAAAUUUAAACGUGAAACCUCAUGAUUCCUAAUUAUCCACUUCAGUAACCACCAAGUCACACCAACCCUUGGUGCAAGCGAAGCCUUCUUUAUCUUUAUAUCAGAUAGGGGACCUUUGUAAAAUGGAAGUACGGUUACACCUCUCUUUGUCUCUUUGCAGCUAAUAACAUAACAUGACUGCUCUUUAUCUUCAUCUUUCUUUCUUUGUCAACAAGAACAUACACCACCAUGGCUGUCUUUCUCACUAGCUAAUAUAUUCCAGCUAGCUAGCUUAAAUACAUGGUGCUCAAACUCGCACGAACACAAAAAUAGCCACUAAUAUACCUAUACCUAGCUAUUAUUAUUAUUAUUAUCAUAAUUAAGCACACACCAAGCAACAUACAUGUAAAACCACACAUUUCACCUGUCCUUCUCAACCAAAAAGCUAUGUUAUCAUCAUUAUAUUAAAAAAAAAUAAAAAAAUCACAUAUCCUUCCCCACUUUCUCUAUGUGCUAUCUUUGUAUUCAAAAUUUAUAUAUUCAAGAGAAUUAUGAAGAGUCUCUCUCAAAAAAAGUUUUUAAAUUAAUUUAUAACGUUUUUUUUGUUGUUGAUGAAGCUAGCUAGCUAGCUUAUUAAAAGUGACAAAACUCAAGAAGGUGAUGUUUGUGGUUCUUUCAAGUUGAAUAGAAGUGUAGUAGGUUGUCCUUAUCAAGCAGUUUUUUAAAGAUGUACCCUUCGAGCCCCAAUAUUUCCAGCUCUUCAUCUUUCUUUCACAUUAAUAUUCCAUCUCCUUCUAUGCAAUAUGAACCGGAAUUCAUCCAAUAUUUCCAUGACUUUCAAUUCAUCCAACCUGCAGCUUACGAUCAGAAUAAUUUGGAUACCAAUAUUACGGCAGAAGAAGGUGAUCAUAAGAUGGAAGAAGAUGAAUUGAUCAUGAAAAGCUGCAAGAACAAGAAGGAUGAGAGUACUAGUACCACUACUACUAUUCGUAGGAAAAACAACAAGAGAACUACGAGUGGUACUGGUGUAGGACCUUCGAAGAAAGAUAGACACAGCAAAAUAAACACGGCACAUGGCCCAAGAGACCGAAGAAUGAGACUUUCACUUGAAAUUGCUAGAAAAUUCUUCAAUUUGCAAGACUUGCUUGGGUUCGAUAAGGCUAGCAAAACUGUAGAAUGGCUACUCACAAAGUCAAAAUCAGCUGUAAACGAUCUCGUUCAGAAAAUUAGCAAAGGAAAAUGCAGCGCUAGUACAAAUCCUAAUAUUGGUGUUGUAUCAUCUCCCUCCGAGUCAUGUGAAGUCAUAUCUGGAGUAAUCGACGAAUCAGCAGCAACUAAUAAUACUCACAAGCAACAGAAGAAAAAAAAGUCGAUUCGUAGGGCAAUAUUUCAUCCAGUUGUUGCAAAGGAAUCAAGGACAGAAGCAAGGGCAAGGGCAAGGGAAAGAACAAAAAUAAAGAAAAGCCUAAAUAAUAAUAAUGGUGAUCAAUCCAUGGCGCCUGAUGAGGAUUUAACAAGAUCAUUAGGAUCUUGGAGUACUACAUUUGAAGAUCAUCAAUCAGGUAUUCAAGCCUAUAAUAAUACUAACAAUAUUAUGAAUGCUGUUGAUAACUUUAAUUUGGUGGAUACUAGCAAUUGGAGCCCAUUUAUGUUCAACUAUCACCAAAUCAAUACUGAAAUUUCUCAGGAGCAUCAAUUGACAAACUUCCAGUAUCCUGGCAAGUUAUGGGAAGCUUAAUUAGGGCAAGGAAGUUCUACUUAAGCUUGUUGAUUUAGUGCAACUUCAGAAGAAGGCUAUUUGGUCAUGUUGGUAAUGUAAAAUGAAUUUGUCUAUUUUAUUAUUGAGUGUAUUCCAUGAAAAACAACUUGUAUUUUUCUUAUAAAUAAGCUCAUCUUUUUCUUUC